AUCUAAUAGUGAAAAAAAUUUAAAUACUCAAUUUCGCACAUGUCUCAAAUCGUAGUGAUACAAUUACAUAGUACACUUUUGAUAAUGAAUUUAAGAAACUUCGAUAGACAACUUUGCAACGUAUAACCCCUAUAUUAUUUUAGGUAUACUUUCGGAAGAUCUGGAAGAUUUGCGAAAUUCAGAAGGAAUUUCGAUUUGAUUUCAUGUAUUGUGCAGGAAUUGGCAACUGAUUUCAACAAUGGCACAGAAAAGGAGUAAGAUGUGUCCACAUAUUGGUAAUGAGCAUGUACUGGAGAUUAAAAAGCUUGAAAAGGUAAGGUCGUGUGCAGAGUGUGAUUAUUCUGGUCCGAAUCUAUGGAUCUGUCUUAAGAGGAAUUGUUUACGUGUGGGAUGCUCUGAACAAGCCAAUGAUCACAGCACUGAACAUUUUCAGCUGGAUAACUGCCAUUGCCUACACAUGAACAUGUCAUCACAACGUCUCUGGUGUUAUUUAUGUGAACGAGAAGUGUUCAUUGACGUGAAACCAUCAUUGAUAGGGGAUCCGUUUAUAACAGCAAUAAGGUCAACGGUCGCUUCGCCGAAAUAUGAAAAGGAUAACAGUGAUGGGAAUGAGAGUGACGGAAAUACCAACGAAAUGUCAGACUUCUCAACCGGACUGGUUGGACUGCAAAACAUCGCUAACACCUGUUACAUGAACUCGGCGCUACAAGCGCUUAGUAACGUACAACCCAUGACACAUUACUUCCUCAACUGCAGGGAUCUAGUUGAACACAUUGUUGAGCAAAGUUCUAAUCGCAAUAAAGUUGGACUUGCUAAAAGUUAUCAGCGGUUAAUUCAGGAUAUAUGGUGCAGAAAGGGCAUCGGAAAAGAUUACAUUGCGCCGCGUGGAAUAUUAUAUGGAAUUCGAAGUGUUCAUCCAAUGUUUCGUGGCUUUCAGCAGCAUGAUACCCAAGAGUUUUUACGUUGUUUUAUGGAUCAAUUACAUGAAGAACUAAAAGAAAACAGCCCUGUAUUGCCAAUAAUGUCUUCUACUAAAACUCCAGUGAUAGAGAUGAACAACUCAGAAGAGCCUGUAGAUUCAGAUUCUAUAUCUCAGUCAAGCUCAUUGUCAGAUUCUGAGUAUGAAACAUGUGAUAGCAGCCUUUCCCAGCAUUCGAAUCAAGUCAAAGGUCAGUUAAACUCAAGUAAUACAGAUCGUAAUCGAAGAACGCGAAAAGCACACAACAGUUCAACGCAACCACAAGCAGAAGUUCAUUCAAUAAUUAGUGACGUAUUUGAUGGAAAAUUGCUCUCCUCAGUACAAUGCCUAACUUGUGAUCGCGUUUCGACACGCGAAGAAACGUUUCAAGAUCUUUCGUUGCCAAUCCCAAAUCGAGACUAUUUGAACAUGAUCCAUCAAACGCAUAGCUUAAGCGCUCAAAGUCUUAAUUCAAUUGAUACAUUAGCAACUAAUAACACAGACGGAUGGCUCACUUGGUUCUGGAAAAUAUUUCGAUCAUGGUUGUGGGGUCCUUCCGUAACGUUAUAUGAUUGCAUGUCAAGUUUCUUUAGUGCAGAUGAACUCAAAGGGGACAAUAUGUAUAGUUGUGAGAAGUGCAAUAAAUUAAGAACUGGGAUUAAGUAUUCACAAAUUUUGGAGCUACCGGAAGUGCUGUGCAUUCACUUGAAGCGGUUCCGUCAUGACUUGUCGUAUAGUUCGAAAAUAUCGUCACCAGUUCAUUUUCCUCUCGAAUGCUUCGAUAUGAAACCAUAUCUGCAUAAAGAUUGUAAAUCAGUAGUAACGACGUACAAUUUGGUUUCUGUGAUUUGUCACCAUGGCACCGUAGGCGGUGGUCAUUACACGUGUUUUGCCCGUAGUCCAGUUACAGACCAUUGGUACCUUUAUGAUGAUCAACACGUCUUUGAAGUGCAAGCCAAUACUGUACAAAACUGUCAAGCUUAUGUGCUUUUCUAUCGGAAACAUAAUCCUCAAAUGGAUCUGAUUAGAGCAAAGGCAAGUGAAAUUUCUGCAUUGAAUCCAGUCCACACUGCAGAAAUUCGAUUUUAUGUGGCACGUGAAUGGCUAUCGAGAUUUAGUACAUUUGCGGAACCUGGACCAAUCAAUAAUUGGACAAUACUGUGUUCACACGGUGGCCUUCUACAGUCUAAAAUGGCACUGUUAGAUCAGAUUGCAGUACCGAUAUCUCAGCCAUUGUGGGAUUAUCUAUAUUGCAUAUUUGGUGGCGGCCCUGCUAUAAACAUGUUGUUCGAAUGUGAAAUUUGCAAAAGAGCAGCCAAAUCGCUGAAACGACGCCAAAUUUAUGAGUUAUGUGUAUUCACAAAAUUCACCGGCUUGGAUACAGAACUUGAUUGUGGCGCCAUAUAUGCCAUAUCAAUGCCAUGGCUGCGAAAAUGGCAACAAUUCGCACGCGGAAUUACGCAUAAGGAACCGGGGCCUAUUACUAAUGCGAAUAUUGCCCUAACGGAUGCUGCACAGUCGUUACCAAUUCGACAAGUGCGUCCGGGUUCGGACUAUGCCCAAGUGAAUGCGCUCCUGUGGCGUUUCUUCUAUGGUAUUUACGGAGGAGGGCCGGAAAUAAUGCUUCGUGGGGCGGUUACAGAAGAGAUUGAAAUCAUUGACCAAGAUGAACAGUAUGAUUCUGACCAUUUAGGAGACAAAUUCGAUUUUUCAGAUACAGAAAGUAACAUUGGAAAUAUGAACUCUGUUGACAUAAACGAGUCCGAAACGAUGCAAGAAAAUUCAACAAUAGAUAAUAGAAGCUCGGACGAUAGUACGCGCUCGCCAACAUUGUCCAAUCACUAUGGCAAUUUUAAAGAAACCAAAAAUAUGAAACGUUUUGGAGGCAAUAGUAAAAAGUUGCGCCCACCAUUACUACGAAAUAGUCUACGAAAAAAGAACAAAAAAGGACGAAAUGCUAUUAAAAGUGCAUUUGGGCCGACAGGUAAUUAUAACAUUCGGAAAAACUUCGAUGGUACAGAGAAUGGUUCAGAGGAAAAUAUACACACACAUUCCACGCAAGCAGUUGAUAUCGAUCCCGACUUACCGCAAAGUGCAUUUAAUACAAAUCAAAAGCAAUCAUUCCUAUCUGAAAAUAAGUCUAGAAAAACAAAUUCAAAAAACAUCUAUACCGAAAGCUUAGGAUCAUACUCCGAUGAAAUCGUAGCUGUGCAUACUGGUCAUAUAAAAAGUAGAUCGAAAAGUAAAGAUGCAGUGACUCUGCAGAAAUUUGUUCAGUUGCCGGAAUCCAGUGAGUCUACCGAAACUGAUAUUUAAAAAAUCUGACCUGACUUUCGACGUAGUCAUUACAAUUUAUAUAGAGUUAAUUUUGUUGGACUAUUCUUGUAUGUAUUUUUAUACUCGUAAGCUUUUAAUAUUUGCAUUGUAAAUUUGUCAAUGUAUGUAAGUAUGUAUAUACCCAUGAUGAAAUAAAAGAUAGGCGAACCAUGUUCAGUAGAAAGGUGGUAUUUCACAAUUUGAUGCGAAAGAGAGAAACCAAGGAAGAAAAAAUCGUAAAUUUUCGGGAGAAUAAAAAUAUUAAUUAUACAAAAUUAUUUAUUAUGUUGAGAAACAUGUGUACACAAACAAUACUUUAAACCUCACAUUUUCAAAUUUAUAUAUAUAUAUAGAUAUAUUAAAUAACCGACACAACAACAAAAACUAUACAAGUGUAAUACCUUAUGUUUAUAUAAUUUAUAUUUAACAGUUACUGCAAAUAUGCGGAAUAAAAAAUACGAUUUUGUGAUAAUUAAUUCCUUUGGUAAUUAAUGAAAGAUUCCUUAAAUAGUAGCUCUUUCUAGAAUUGAACAUUUAUUAACUAUUCCACAAAUUAAAUGUAUGCAUGUAUAUGUGUACAUUAGUACAUUUUGCUUAUUGAAAAUAUUGUAUAUGUGCUAAGGCUUGAUUCAAUUUUAUUUUAUUUCAUUAUGGUACAUACAUAUACAUACAUACAUAUAUGCACUUCGAUAGAAAUGUGUCGUUCGGGUAGAGGCUAUUGUAUGCAAAGUUUUCAUAUGUGUUUCUGAUUAAUAAAUAUAUGUAAUGUAAA